AUGACAAUCACUCCAGUCGACCUGACCAUCUCACUACUUCAGAUUGCAUCCAUUGAGUAUGAUCGUGAUACAUUCUGGUUCCUAUUUGAUCAGACCUUCCUCAACAACCUCAUCAAAUCAAUCGUGACCAUCACCAAUAACAAUGAUCAACGUGAUCAACUCGCCACUCACUACUCAUCACUCAUCAUUGCAACACUCAACAAUGUAAAGGAUAACCAAUAUAACAAUCAUCGUCAUAUCACCACGAUGUACCAACGCAUCACAUCAGCAUUGGGCAAUGAUCGAGUUGAGCGUGUACUCAAUAAAUGGUUCCUGGAACCAUCCCCUCCACCAUGGUUCUUCAAGAACAUCGUCCAAGCCAAGAUGAACUACCUUGCCUCGAUCCAGUCCAAGUCCCAAUGCACUCUCUACACCAAACAUAAGACACUGGUGUUGGAGUACAUACUUAAACAUUGUGUUGACGUCAGACAUGACCAUCUACACUUGUUUAGAUAUGAUGAGCUUGGUAUCUUCAUGGACAAUCGUAGACAACUGGUGGACACUCAUCUGGACAAUGAUGAUCACAAGGGUAGAUGUGAGAUAAUCUACAUCUUCAUGUCACAACUACAUCCAUUUGAACAAUACUUUAAUAAGUACUUCAAGUCCAUUCAUCGAUUGCAUGUGGCCAGUGCAAUGAUCAGGCAUUUGGGCAGCGAGGCAUUCGCCAAGGUCUACCAUCAAUAUGAUGAGCACAUAAUCAAAGAGAUACAAGUUAGAUAUGGCCUGGUGAUGAUGGAUAGCAUACUUGAAUGCCUCACAAAGUCAAUGAAUGAGCCACCUUACAAGCUUCCCUGGCCACUCAUCACUGCUGUCAAGGACUUCAAAGUGGGCGCCAUCCGACACAAUGAACAAUCAUCAUUGGACAACAACAUCAUUGCCAAGGGCUUGAUUAGAUUGUACGUUGCAACGAGCAAUCAAGGAUUCAUAUAUCAUGCCUUUGCACAAUUGCUCGUCAACGCAGACGAGUACGCAUCAGUAUCACUCAAUCAAGAAGUGAUCGACACCUACCCUGUCGAGCUCAAGACUUACUUGUCGACAAAGGUCACGCCUGUGGACAGUGAGAGAUGGAGGAACAUCGACCUGCUCACAAGAUGCCAGCGACAGUCAAUGUUGAGCGACCAGCAGAGAUCAAUGGUCAUUCGUCUGCUCAAGGUUAUCUGUUGGCCAGUUGAUAGCCAGGCAUGGAUCGAGUACAUCAACAUCAAGAUGCAUCGGAGCAAGAAGCGUAUCUGCUCUCAUGUCAACCAACAUUACACCUCGCAAUCACUCGUAUUGUUGAGACAACAACUCCAUGGUGUUGGACUCGCGCGACCAGUGUUCCACCUCCUCAAGUAUGCGUACCUUUGGCAAACAUUUGGUGGCGUCAACUUCAAGAAGUUCAAGCAUAUUCUCCUUGGAUCACUUCCCCUUUAUGACGAUCAGAUACAGAUCAAAGAACAACUCGAUGAGUUCAGGUCAUUCAAACAACAAUCAAUCAUCAAGUCCAUGGUCAUCAUCCCUCACCAUACGUCUGCCGCCAGUCCUCUCCCCAUACUUCCAGUCGUGGUACUCAAACAUAUAAUCCAACUAUUAUGCAUGGCGACUUUCGAGGAUGUGGACAACCCUGUGACGAGCAUGGGAAGGCAUCAAACAUGGAUCGUGUCGUCAUUGUCCCAUGUGAGCAAGAUGUUCCAUAGUGCAUGCGCUUGGACACUGACCAACCAGGUGACCCCAACAAUCAAGAUACACUCAACACUCAAACAUGUUGGAUCACCAUUAUGUCUCUUACAGGAUACGCCACGUCACAUGAAUGCAUUCGAUCUCAUACAUGUACCAUUAUCCAUGUUGCCACAAUGUCUUGCCAGACUAGUGAGAUUGAACAUUCACUACAUCUCAAUGACCAUGAAUGACACGAGUGUGCGCGUGAAUAAUGCUCCCAAUCUCGAACGACUCACUUUCAUCCAAGUUACCGAUACCAAGGCAUACCUAGCGAUUGAUCGUGUGGAGAAACAAUUAAGUGAUCGCAGACCAUUUGUCAACAUCCAAAAAGGAACCGAUAUGAUGCAUCACUUCAUCAAUAGGCGUCCAAACAUCAUUCAAUCGAUUCACAUCGAGUCCUUGUUCAAGCCCAUCCUCCAUCCCCUCACCACUUUGAAGGUCACCGACUCAUCCUCCUCGGAUCCAGAUCCAACAUUGAAUGGAUGCAUUAUUAGGAUGCAGGCCAGACCUGGAUACAAAACAAUGCCCAAGUACAACAAUGUAUCAACAUUGUACAUACAUCAUAAUAAGUUCGAAGUACCAGGUUGGAAACACUUUGACAAUCUUGAUGAUGCUGGUCACCUGACCAAUUAUAUCGAACAAAUGUACUCCAACAAUAUUAGCAAGUCAUUGUCAUUGGUGUUCAAUAUCCAGGACCUUAGGAACUUGGAGUCAUUGCUACCUACAAAGAGUACAACACCAAUCAUAUCAAUGGAAAUCAAUUUCAACAAUAUUGAAAGAUUGAUAGAGUCGCUGGACAUUGAACACAACAUCAACAUCUCCAUCCAAACUCCAAUAUGUUGA